AAAACCUGAUCAUAACUUAGUUGAAACCAAAACAAAGCAUUGGAGAAGAAGAAUUCUUCCAAAAACAUAUAUUUCUAAUUUUAGGGUUACUAGGCUAGCAUGGAUAUUGAGAAAGUGUUCCACAUGGUAGGAGGAAAUGGAGAGACAAGUUAUGCCGCAAAUUCAUCACUCCAGAAAAGGGCUUUGGAUAUGGUGAAGCACAUAGCAACAGAAUCCAUUGUGGACCUUUAUCUCGCAACAACUCCACAAAAAAUGGCAAUAGCAGACCUCGGUUGCUCCUCGGGACCCAAUACAUUAUCGGUGAUCGGUGAUAUCAUUGAUGCCAUCGACAGAGCACGUCGUCGUAAUUUCAUGGUUACAACAACCAACAGGACCACAGAAAUCCAAGUGUUCCUCAACGAUCUUCCGUCCAACGAUUUCAAUUCCAUCUUCUUGGCAUGGCCAGAUUUCUGCAAGGAGAAGCUCAUCAGUAGUGGUAGUAGUAAAUGUAAUGGACGAAACGAUAGAUCCCACCCGCCAUUUGUUAGCAUAGCAGGAGUUCCCGGUUCUUUCUACGGCAGACUUUUUCCCAGCGAUACCUUGCAUUUCAUUCAUUCCUCCUUCAGUUUGCAUUGGCUCUCUAGGGUCCCUCCAGCAAUUUACGACCAAGAAGGCAAGUCUAUUAAUAAAGGCAAAAUAUACAUAUCGGAAGCCAGCCCUCCAUUGGUAUCAGAAGCCUACUUGAUGCAAUUUCAGGAGGACUUCUCUUUGUUCCUCCGAUCAAGAUCUCUGGAGCUCAAAUCUGGAGGACGCAUGGUGUUGACCUUGUUGGGAAGGACUGGCCCACAUCAUACUCAUAGUGCUAAUUCUUUGCUCUGGGAGCUUCUCUCCCGUUCCUUUGCCAUCUUAGUUUCUCAGGGUGACAUCGAUGAGGAAAAACUAAACUCCUAUGAGAUACACUUCUAUGCGCCUUCCAAAGAAGAGAUAGAUGAUGAAGUGAGGAAAGAGGGUUCCUUUGCAAUUGAUCGAUUGGAGCUGUUCGAAAUAGAAAGCAACAUGAACAAGAGCAAGAGUAAUGGGUCAACAGCAACUUAUGGAACCACAGUGGCAACGAGUGUCAGAGCUAUUCAGGAAUCAUUGAUCCGCCACCACUUCGGAGAACAUAUCGUCGAUGAUUUGUUUGGAAUCUAUGGGAAAUUAAUUGACGAGGAAACAGCAAAAGGAGAGAUCAGGCCCAUCUCGUUUAUUGUAGCUUUGAGAAAGAAGGUUUGAGAAUAUUGAUAGAUGAAGAAUUUAACUGAGCUAUGACUUAC